AUGCUGCGUCCGGCGUCGAAGAUGUUGCUCGUGUUCCUGGUGGCGUCGCAGGCGUUUGCGACGCCCAUCAAGGAAGACCCCGCGGUCCCCGACGCCGCACCCGUCGCCACCGCCGCCGCCGAGAAGGCCCCCGCGGAAGCGCUGGUUGAAGCGGUGGGACAGCUCAUCGCAAACAAGGUGUGGGCCUUCGUCAAGAGCCGCAGCCUCCGAUGGAACAUCUUCCCCGAAGCGGACGUCGUGCUGUCCGCCAGCCCCGACAACGAAGGCGCGCUCAACCUGGGGCUGUCCAUGCGCGCCGGCAAGGCCGUCGAGAUGGCUCGCAAGAAGAACAACAACAUGGGCCCUCUCUUGGCUGCUGGCGUCAUGAAACUAGGCCUGAUCGGCGGCGUGGCGUUUAAGGCCCUGGCGCUGCUGGUUGGCAAGGCCCUCAUCCUCAGCAAGAUCGCCUUCCUGCUUGGCGCCAUCUUGUGGCUCAAAAAGCUCUUCUCCCAGCAGCGC